ACAUAACAGGCGUAUAUAUUUGUGGUUAUUCUUUCUGAUCACUCAGUAACCCUGAUGUACAUCCCUGAUCAUCACCCCCUUGUUUAACAAUCCCUGGGCACCCCAUUCUUCCCUCUUAGCCUGUUUCUUGUCCUUCUCUAUCCCCCAACCUCCCCCCCCCAUUAUAAUCUUAUUUAUCUAAGUCCUGGUGCAAAGCCCCUUCCUCCAAGAAGCCAUCUCUGGUCAGUCCCAUCUAAUAGCACUUGUUCCUCCUUGCAGCCCCAAGGUACCCUGCGGCUCUUCUGCAGCAGUGCUUUAUAGUGUCGUUCGUUACGCUUCCUCUCUCCUCUCCCAGAUGAUAACGCCUGUGCAGGCUGGAUCACUGUAUUUCACCCUUGUUUUGUCACUGCACUUGGCACCUGGCAGGCUUUCAGGAGAUCUCUGUGGAAGGAGUUGAAACAGCAUGGGACUGGGAAAAAGCACUGGACUAGAACUAGGGUUUGCUUUUGGUUUGAGCUGCGAGGCACACUGUGGGCUCCCUGCCAGCAUCAUGCGCUUCUUCUUCCAUGCUGGCAGAGCCUGCUUUUGUUGAAAUAAAUGCCCUCCACGUGGGCCAGUGUUCCGAUGGAAGUGAGCCUCAUCCCCAGUGCCAGGGUUGGGUGUGGGUUUUGGUUGGUCUCACUCAGUGCUUCUCAACCAAGGGCUGUUUUGUCCUCCUGGGGCUAUCUGUCAAUGUCUGGCAACAUUUUUUAUCAUCACGACUAGGUGGGAUGCUACUGCCAUCUAGUGGGGGAAGCCCAGGGAUGCUGCUGAAACACCAGCGCACAGGAGAGGCCGCCCUCCGCCUCCUAACAAAGAAUUAUCUGGCCCAAAAUAUCAGUGGUGCUGAGAAACCUGAUCAAAUUAAUCAUAGUGGUCCCAUUCCUCUGCUAACAACUGGCAUCAGCACGAUGAGAAACAAAGUCGGUCUGGUUGGAAGGUGGGGUGGGAGAACUGAGAACUGAAACAAAUAUAACAAGCAAAGCAGGCUUCACCACGACUUGAAAACAGACAAACUGUACUGAACCUGUGCUGUGCAGCACAAAUGAUCUAGCUCAGACCACUGUAACACCAACUACCUACCUGCUUCAUGAUAAGCCCACGAGCUGACCUCCUGGUAACUACGAAUGGACUUACAUGUCCCAGAGCUAAGGCCACGGUUCCUCCAGUGACUCCCCUUGUUAACGGAUUCUGACCAAUCCCGGGCAAGACUAUCGAUGGACUAACUCCAGCCCCCAAACCCCACAAGGACUCUCCCAUGACUCCCCCAUUUUGAGGAGCCUCACCGAUCCUCUGGUGCAUUUCUUUGCUGCAGCAAGUUCAGUAAACCCAACUUACUGCCAUUAUUUUUCUUCUGAAUGUGUCCCUGGGUGUUUGCAGUGCGUGGGCUUUACAACUGGGCGUGGAACACAAAUAGCUCCAAUGCAGUGAGUUCGAUGUUACGGCUGGGGCAUGUUUAAAGUGCUUUGAAGACAAAGAGGAAGAUGUUCUGCUUGGGAAACUGGGAGAAGAAUUUUCAGCAAGGAUACUUGAAGUGGGUCCCGAAUGAUCAAAAUAAUUGGCCAAGUGGAGGUGAAGGAGAGUGUAUCACAGGAAGAAGGAACCUCAAGGACAAAGGCAGCCAGGCAUGUGAUUAGACAUGGUAAGCCAUCCUGAGUGUCUGAAAUGGGGGGUGGGGAGCAAGAGGGAUAGUCCAGACAGGCAGGAAGGCAUGAGACCAUACAGUACUUUGUCAACACUAUCCCUGAUUUAAUAGCUGUAUUGGCUAUUCUCAAUGACACAGAAUGAAGUAAAAUGUUGCCGAGGCCUGAAUUAUUACCUGGGAUCUCUGGAGAACUGGAUUUGCACAGCUCUCCACUUCCCUCAAGCUGGUUCUUCAGCUCUUUGAAUGAAUAAAUAAAAAACAUUCACUUGGAAUUCUAGUGCCAUCUAGCACUUAAAAAGGUAAAGGCAUGUUUCCAUCAGGAAAGUCUCCAAGAGGAAAUUAUUUCUUAACACUGCAUUUUGAACGUGGCUUUUCCAGAGAUAAUUCCUCGUGCCACUGGUAACGGGCUUUGAUUUCUUCUGCCUGUCACUUCCUCCAGAUUCGAUUCCUCUUUCAACCCCUGUGCCUGUCAAAUGCUCUCACAAGAUCCAGUUCUUCCCUUUUGAAGCAAUUAUUAUGUUUGAUAAUUUUACAUGUCUAUUUUAUGAUGAUGAUCUGAUUAAAGUCAUCUUUCCCACUAGUUUAAUUUCUAUAAGGAGGGGCCUUGUCUGUGAUUUGCCCACCAUCAUCUCCCAGCACCUGGGAACAUUUCUGGUUUCCUGCAAUACUGUUGAAAGAACGAUGCCUCUCUAUGCUUUCUUAAACUUUGUUAGUGAUAAUUUCUACUUCUACCUGGACUUUACUUAAGGGUAAUCCUUAAUAAACUUUAUCAAAACUUAACAAACCUUAUCAAAUACCUGUUGUAAUCGUCACAAAAAGAUUUAACACUCAACAUCUGGCCUUAACCAGAGGGAAACAUUUUCUAGCCCAAGUUUUCCCCUUAACCGGAUGAGUCGGGGAAGGAUGUAAUUUUCAGGCAGAGGUGACUUCGUUCCAAGGGUGUGAAUGCAUUAUUUUUGACGCUGCCUGUAAGAGCAGGGUCGCUGACAUUUAAUAAACAGCGCCAUCCUCUCCAACGAUAAAAGUGGCCAACAUCUCGUGCUGGCAAUUCCCAAGUGCGCCAUGAGCAUCCCCGUCCUCAGAUACGUGAGACGAAGGCGGCAUGCGCAGGGACUGGGCUAGGCGAGCCCGAGGUUGAACCACUCGCGUUCUGGGCCCCGGAGUCCGAGACAGACGGGGACGUCCGCUGCGCCCGGUGCCAGCUCUGAGCGGGUUCCGAGCCCCGCUUCCGGGCGGUCAGAAUUCGCCUCCAAGCGCGGAGCAGCGACGCGCGGGUACCGCCCGCCCAUGAGGCCGGAAGGGGCGGGGAGAACGCUGCGGAAUGGUCCCUGGGCGCAACGUCAUUUCCGCGCACGGAGGAGGGCGGGCCUGGAGCCUGAGCCGGCGCUGCUCAGUGUAGAGUGGGUGGUUUCUGCGGGUGAGGUUGGCUCCCGUACCAUGAGCGAGGCGGACGGGCUGCGACAACGCCGGCCCCUGCGGCCGCAGGUCGUCACAGACGAUGAUGGCCAGGCCCCGGAGGCUAAGGACGGCAGCUCCUUUAGCGGCAGAGUUUUCCGAGUGACCUUCUUGAUGCUGGCUGUUUCUCUCACCGUUCCCCUGCUUGGAGCCAUGAUGCUGCUGGAAUCUCCUAUAGAUCCACAGCCUCUCAGCUUCAAAGAACCCCCGCUCUUGCUUGGUGUUCUGCAUCCAAAUACGAAGUUGCGACAGGCAGAAAGGCUGUUUGAAAAUCAACUUAUUGGACCGGAGUCCAUAGCACAUAUUGGGGAUGUGAUGUUUACCGGGACAGCAGAUGGCCGGGUCGUAAAACUUGAAAAUGGUGAAAUAGAGACCAUUGCCCGGUUUGGUUCGGGCCCUUGCAAAACCCGAGAUGAUGAGCCUGUGUGUGGGAGACCCCUGGGUAUCCGUGCAGGGCCCAAUGGGACUCUCUUUGUGGCUGAUGCAUACAAGGGACUAUUUGAAGUAAAUCCCUGGAAACGUGAAGUGAAACUGCUGCUGUCCUCCGAGACACCCAUUGAGGGGAAGAAAAUGUCCUUUGUGAAUGAUCUUACAGUCACUCAGGAUGGGAGGAAGAUUUAUUUCACUGAUUCUAGCAGCAAGUGGCAAAGACGAGACUACCUGCUUCUGGUGAUGGAGGGCACUGAUGACGGGCGCCUGCUGGAGUACGAUACUGUGACCAGGGAAGUAAAAGUUUUAUUGGACCAGCUGCGGUUCCCGAAUGGAGUCCAGCUGUCUCCUGCGGAAGACUUUGUCCUGGUGGCAGAAACAACCAUGGCCAGGAUACGAAGAGUCUACGUUUCUGGCCUGAUGAAGGGCGGGGCUGAUCUGUUUGUGGAGAACAUGCCUGGAUUUCCAGACAACAUCCGGCCCAGCAGCUCUGGGGGGUACUGGGUGGGCAUGUCAACCAUCCGCCCUAACCCUGGGUUUUCCAUGCUGGAUUUCUUAUCUGAGAGACCCUGGAUUAAAAGGAUGAUUUUUAAGCUCUUUAGUCAAGAGACGGUGAUGAAGUUUGUGCCGCGGUACAGCCUCGUCCUAGAACUCAGUGACAGCGGUGCCUUCCGGAGAAGCCUGCAUGAUCCCGACGGGCUGGUAGCCACCUACAUCAGUGAGGUGCACGAGCACGAUGGGCACCUGUACCUGGGCUCUUUCAGGUCCCCCUUCCUCUGCAGACUCAGCCUCCAGGCUGUUUAGCCCUCCCGGAUAGCUGCCCCUGCCACACAGGCCAGGAGUCUUCACACUCAGGCACCAGGCCUGGUCCAGGAGGAGCUGUGGACACAGUCGUGGUUCAAGUGUCCACAUGCACCUGUCAGUCCCUGAGGGGUGGUGGGCAUGGCUGCUUCAUCCCUCGAGGAUGCCCGGGCCCCACCUGGGCUCGUCUUUCUGUUUAGAGGGAAGCGUAACAUAUCUGCCAUGAGGAACAUAAAUUCAUGUAAAGCCAUUUUCUCUUAAAAAAACAAAACAAAGCUUUCUAAGUACAAUCAUUCUCUAGGACUUGGGAAGCUCCUUGCACUUGGAACAGGGCUCAGGUGGGUGGAGCAGUAACGCACUACCCAGAGAACUUGCUGCUGUGGCCCUGUCCUGCGGCCUCAAAGUCCUUCUUUACUAUUAUAUAAUGUGCGGUCAUACCUUUCUUUGUUGGGGUGGGGAUGGAAGAGCAGAGGGAGCAUGGCCCAGUGGUGUUGAGGCCAGCGGUGAGAGCUGUGUAAGCCAAGACGUGGAACUAUGUUCUCAAGGGUUGUGUGGGACGUGGGCUCUCCAUAGUGUGUAUGAAAAGCAUGUUGACUCUAGCGGCUCAGAGAGGACUUUGCUGGGUUUCUUUCUGUGAAUAUCUCUGCACUGACUGUGCUGGAAUUGGAUGAUUCUGCAAUUCGGGACCUACUGCAGGGGUCCAUUUUGUAACGUCUUGUCUGUGACCUUUGUUCUUGACCUCUAGACCCCAAGAUGUGAACAGUGCACGUGUUAAUGUCAUCUUUGCUCAUGUGUUAUAAGCCCCGAUUUGCUGUAUAUUUUCACAAGUAUGUCUACACACUGGUCAUGAUUUUGAUAAUAAAUAAUGAUAAAUCGA